AGUCAAUGCAACGGCAAUAAGCGAUGGAAAUGAAUGAACAGAACUUACAAGCUCUAGCUGGAUAUCUCCAAAAGACACUCUCACCCGAUCCAACAGUGAGAAAACCGGCCGAGCGAUUUCUUGAGUCAGUGGAAGGACAUGCUAACUACCCGAUUUUGCUUCUUCAUCUUAUUGAGGCAGAUAGUGUUGAGUCGUCUAUUCGGAUCGCAGCAGCAAUUUCGUUUAAGAAUUUUGUUCGUCGCAAUUGGCGUACUGUGGAAGAUCACGACAACAGAAUUAGUGAUGGCGAUCGGUCAACGGUGAGAAGGCUGAUAGUCAGUCUGAUGUUGAAGACGCCAGAGAGAAUACAAGUACAGCUGAGUGAAGCAAUCGGAAUUAUUGGUCGAGAGGACUUUCCUGAUAAGUGGCCAGAGUUGCUAACUGAAUUGGUUGAGAAAUUCUCGUCAGGGGAUGUUCAUGUUAUCAAUGGCGUGUUGAAAACGGCUCACUCAUUGUUUAGACGAUACAGACACGAGAUGAAAUCUGAUGUUCUUUGGUUAGAAAUAAAGUUUGUACUUGAGAAGUUUGCGACUCCAUUGACAAGUCUAUUGCAGCAUAUGAUGACUUUAGUCCAUCAACAUUCCAGUGAUCCAGCAGCUUUGAAAAUUCUCUUCAGUUCUCUCACUCUUGUAUCUAAGAUAUUCUACAGUCUCAACUACCAGGACUUGCCUGAGUACUUUGAAGACAACAUGCAAACGUGGAUGGAUAGUUUCUAUACUCUACUGAUGUUCAACAGCAAGUUGUUACAGACUGAUGAUGAUGACGAGGCCGGUCCAAUAGAACUCAUCAGAUCUCAAAUCUGUGACAACAUUGCAAUGUACGCUCAGAAAUACGACGAAGAAUUUGGAUCUCACUUACCACGUUUUGUAAGCGCCGUGUGGGAGCUAUUAGUCACAACAGGACUGCAAGUCAAAUACGAUCUGUUGGUCAGCAAUGCCAUCCAGUUUCUUGCAAGUGUGGCGGAGCGUGCGAACUACAAACAACUGUUUGAAAGCGAGGACACUUUACGAGGAAUCUGUGAGAAAGUGGUUGUUCCAAACAUCCAUUUUCGAGAUUCAGAUGAGGAAGUAUUUGAAGACAAUCCAGAGGAGUACAUUCGGCGUGAUAUCGAAGGCUCUGACAUUGAUACGAGACGUCGAGCGGCUUGUGAUUUAGUGAGAGCAUUGUGUCGCCAUUUUGAGGCUCCGGUCAUUGAGAUAUUCUCAAGUUAUGUUACUAGUUUGCUAACAGAGUAUUCAAAGAGUCCAGUAGCAAAUUGGAGGAGCAAAGAUGCAGCCAUCUAUCUGGUCACAUCACUUGCCACACGGUCGAAGACUCAGAAGCACGGGACCACCGAAGCUAGUGAACUUGUCAACAUUGGAGAGUUCUACACAAACCAAAUUAAACCUCACCUGGAGUCACCUCAAGUCAAUGAGCUUCCUGUCUUGAAGGCUGACUCUGUAAAAUACAUACUCACAUUCAGAAGUCUGCUUUCUCGUGAUCUCUUAGCAGCUGCAGUCCCUUGUUUGACUAACCUUGUGGCAUCUAGAGCCAUUGUCGUGCAUAGCUAUGCCGCCUCGUGUCUAGAACGGCUUUUCACGAUGAGAACUGUCGGCGGAGGAUCACCGUUUUCUCCUGCAGAGGUUCAGCCCAUUACUGAGGCCCUUCUGACCAACUUGUUCUCUGCUCUCACGCUUCGUGGAUCUGAAGAGAACGAAUACAUCAUGAAAGCAAUCAUGCGAACUUUGGUGACAUUGAAGGAGGCUGUUCUUCCAUACAUUCCCAUCGUCCUGCAACAGUUGGUGGCGAAGCUAGAGAUUGUGACGAAGAACCCAAGCAAACCACACUUCAAUCAUUAUCUGUUUGAGGCACUCUGUUGUACAAUAAGGGCAACAUGUCGACAAGAUGCUUCUGCUAUUGUAACGUUUGAGGAAGCUCUAUUUCCCAUCUUUCAAGGCAUACUCACCAGAGACGUGUUAGAAUUCAUGCCAUAUGUUUUCCAAAUUUUGUCGUUGUUAUUGGAGGUGCGGCCAGCUCCUAUACCUGACUCUUACAUGCAGCUGUACCCGCACCUGUUGACACCAGUUUUGUGGGACAGACAGAGCAAUGUUCCUGGCUUAGUCAGAUUGCUGCAAGCUUAUGUUUGUAAAGGAUCAGAGAGUGUGGCAGAAAGUGACAAGCUGAUGCCAUUGCUAGGAGUAUUUCAAAAGCUAAUUGCUUCCAAGAACAACGACCAUGAAGGCUUUUAUAUCCUCAGCAGUCUUGUGGAACAUCUACCAAUAGCUACAUUGGCCGGUCAACUCAAGAGUGUCUUUGUAAUUUUGUUUCAACGAUUACAGAACUCGAAGACAACGAAAUAUGUGAAAGGUUUGCUUGUGUUCUUCUGUCUCUUUGCGGGUAAACAUGGUGGCAAUGCUCUGGUCACUCUCAUUGAAGACAUCCAACCAAAAUUGUUCGGAAUGGUGAUAGAAAAACUAUUUGUUCCAGACGUUCAGAGGGUUUCUGGACACACUGAACGGAAAAUUUGUGCAGUUGGAAUGACAAGAGUUUUGACUGAAGCAGACAGUCUGUUGAGCGUGGGUUACAGCAAACUGUGGGUUCAGCUGCUGCAGUCAUUGGUCCAGCUGUUUGAGCUUCCGGAAGAUGACUCAGUGCCCGACGAUGAACAUUUCAUUGAAAUCGAAGACACUCCUGGUUAUCAGGCUGCUUACAGUCAAUUGGUGUUUGCUGGGAAACAAGAACGUGAUCCGUUCAAGCUGGAGUAUGAAAAUCCGAAGGCGAAUUUGGCAAAAUCGUUGCAUAAACUGUCAUUAAGUCACCAAGGAAAGCUAACUCCUCUCCUGACCGGCAACAUGACACACGACGCUCUCCAGUAUUUGACAACAUAUCUGCAAGCAGCUAACAUCACAUCUUUGGCGUGAUAACCUUUGUUCAUGCAUCUCAUUGCGUAUUAUCUAAACAUAACAUAAACAUUGGCGGUAUUCAGAAAGGCGCGUUGGUUCCAAUAUUAACGGCUGAUAGGUACAGUACUGUGAUCAAUAUAAUAGAUAUUAAUUAAUGAACAAUUGCAUUGAACUUUUUGGUUUAAUUAAAAAAUUAAAAUUAGAUAGGAUGACGUCUUUAUAACGUCGCAGUUUGAACCUGCAAAGAUGUCAUCUCAUC